AUGUGUGUGUGUGUGUGUGUGUGGUGGGCAGUGGUGUCAGUGUCAUGGCGGUCAACAUCAUGUCGGUGUAUUGUCGAGCGUCUCUUCUGUCCCUAUACCUCCUCUCUUGCUUCUUUCAGGUCCUCAUCCAAGGACAAGUGUUUCAGGCUCCACAGGACCAACAUGUGUUCCUGCGGUCCAAACGGGCCAACCUGUUUCUGGUGGAGGAGAUCCUGCAGGGGAACCUGGAGCGUGAGUGUUACGAGGAAAAGUGCAGCUAUGAGGAGGCACGAGAGGUCUUCGAGGACACCGACAAGACGGUCACCUUCUGGAGUGUUUAUUACGAUGGGGACCAGUGCAACCCCAACCCCUGCCUACAUGGAGGGAACUGUACCGAUAAAGUGGGCGGGUUCCACUGCGCAUGUCCCGCCCCUCACUAUGGUUCAUUCUGUGAACUGGGAGCACUGGGAGAAAAUGGACAACCACCCAAGGAGCGACAGAUCAAAACAACAGUGUGUCCGACUGAAGGUCCGACUGCCUGUCACCAGCUGUGCACGGCGUCCUACUACACCUUCACCUGCUCUUGCCUGCCGGGAUUCAAACUACAGACCGACAGGAGGAGCUGCCUGCCAGAAGUGUCGUUCCCAUGCGGAAGACUUCCUCGCGACUUCAACACAAUGGCAUCAACGUGUCGGCAUGGAAACUGUCCUUGGCAGGUGUCUCUGCUGAACAGCAGAGGGGUGGAGUUGUGUAGUGGCGUGGUGCUGGGUCCACGCUCCGUCCUGACCGCAGCCCGCUGCCUCGUCCUGGACUCAGGGUCCGACCCUCAGCCCUCAGACUUCAUCGUGGCCGUCGGCAGCGGUAAAGAAAAGGUGCUCGCCCUCGUCCGGGCGCUGUACGUUCACGAGCGUUUCCAUCCAGAUGACCUCGACGACGACAUCGCCAUCCUCGAGCUGGCCCGCCCCCUGCCCUUUGGCCCCACCCUCAUCCACCUCUGCCUGCCCACCAAGGACUUCACCGAGCACAUCCUGAUGCAAUCUGGGAGGAUGGGCGUGGCAGAGCGGAGGGGCGUCGAUCGGACCCACGAACUGGUCUACAUGAUGCUGGACGAGUGUCGCAGUAAACUGAACAUCUCGCAUCCACUUAGCAACAAAAUGUUCUGCAUGACGAGGCGGAAAGGACCGGACCGACCCAAGAGGAGCCCAAAAGGACCCUCAGGGAACCAAAAUGGCACCCAGGAGAGACUCAAUGGACACACUGUGAUCCAGAACCAAUCCCAGAAUGGAGCCCAAGGGAUGCCAAAUGGAUCUGAAAACUUUAACACAUCUAAGACCAAGAACCAGGUGCCCUCACAAACUGAACACCAUAAAAGGUCAGAGGUCAGGCGAUGUCUGAUGCCGGGGACACCAGUUGCCACAGUGGAGCAAGGGACAGCGUUUCUGACCGGGCUGCUGAUGUCAUCGUCCUCAGGCUGCAAGGGCGACAGUGCUGGUGGUCUGGUGUUUACCAAACUAUCUCGCUACCUGAGCUGGAUCAGACCGAGACUAGAGGCAGCAGAGGAUCACAUGACCCCACAAGUAAACCAAUACCCUGAGAACCGCUGAACGUCCUGACAACAGAUGUCGCCAUCUUUAAAACUCUUUUCAUGGUCAAACUGGACAUUGACUCAAAUUCUGUUUCAUGCGUUUCAACUUUUUAUAAACACUUUCUUUAAGACAAAUUUCAGAAAUCUACCCAAGUCACUCAUGCCUCAUUACAAGUCAGCUGUUGUCAGUAAGGGGAAAAGUACUAAAAAUAUUUGCUCAAGUAUAAGAAUAAAAGAACUCGUUCAAUAAACUACUCAAAGUACAAGUUA